AGUUCAACACACCCGAAACACAUUGAGCCACUCACCCCCCACCUCUCCUCCCUCUGUCAUGCUUCUCCUUCCCUAGAACUUUUGAGGCCAUGCCUUGUGGCAGUGGUGUGGUCAAUCCACUAAUGAGACUUGCUUUUACUUCUUCCUUCCUUUAUCGAGUCGACACUCUCCCCUUCCCAAGCCCAAAGCUCCAACCUUGCAAUUGAAGUUUGUCAACGGAACUUGAACAGGUCAUGUCAUUUAUAGGACUUCCCUCCCCUUAUUGCCAUUAAGACAAGCUUCCGCCUUCGUGGGUGCCCCGUCUAAAAUUGUGCUCUUUAGUGAGUUGUACCGAGAAGCUGUUCUCUUCUUCUAUUGCUUAUAGGGAGGGGAAAGGAAGAGGGAAGAAGCUAAAGGUUGGUAUCUUUCCUUCGUAGAAUUGCUAGAUGGAGUGGUUGAGAAGGCCGUGUUUGGUGGCGGUGGUGGUGUUGUUGGUGGCGUGGAGGGGAGUUGAAGGGUCUCCGGAAGAGGACUUGGUGGUGAGAUUGCCUGGGCAGCCGAAGGUGGGAUUCAGGCAGUACGCAGGGCAUGUGGAUGUUGAUGUGAAGGCGGGGAGGAGUCUCUUCUAUUACCUUGCCGAGGCUGACGGAGACGCCCACAAGAAGCCUCUCACCCUCUGGCUCAAUGGAGGUCCAGGUUGUUCUUCGGUCGGAGGUGGUGCAUUCACUGAGUUGGGUCCAUUUUACCCUAGAGGAGAUGGACGGGGCCUUCGAAUAAAUAAAAUGUCAUGGAAUAAAGUAUCAAAUCUCCUUUUUGUUGAAUCUCCUGCUGGGGUUGGAUGGUCUUAUUCGAAUACAACUUCUGAUUAUAAUCGUGACGACGAAUCAACUGCCAAUGACAUGUACAUAUUUCUGCUGCGAUGGUAUGACAAAUUCCCUGAGUUCAGAUCAAGGGAUUUAUUUCUGACUGGAGAAAGCUAUGCAGGGCACUACAUACCACAAUUGGCCAAUGUUCUUCUGAAUCAUAAUCAGCAUUCUGUGGGUUUCAAGUUCAAGAUCAAAGGAGUUGCUAUUGGGAACCCACUUCUCAAGCUUGAUCGGGAUAUUCCAGCAACAUAUGAGUUUUUCUGGUCACAUGGCAUGAUUUCUGAUGAGAUAGGCCUGACGAUCAUUAACGAAUGUGAUUUUGAGGAUUACACCUUCAGCAGUGCACAUAAUGUGAGCAAAUCAUGCAAUGAUGCAAUUCUGGAGGCAAAUGCCGUGGUUGGGGACUACAUAAAUUCAUAUGACGUGAUUCUGGAUGUCUGUUAUCCUUCACUCGUGGAGCAAGAGUUAAGAUUACGAAAAUAUGUCACUAAGCUGAGUGUUGGUGUUGAUGUUUGCAUGUCCUAUGAAAGGCGUUUCUAUUUCAACCUUCCAGAAGUUCAACAUUCUCUUCAUGCUAACAGGACAAAAUUGCCUUAUCCUUGGAGCAUGUGUAGUAAUGUCCUAAACUACAGCUACACCGAUGGUAAUAUCAAUAUCCUGCCCUUGCUCAAGAGAAUUGUUAAGCAUCAAAUACCAGUUUGGGUUUUCAGUGGUGACCAAGAUUCUGUUGUGCCGCUCUUGGGCUCUCGAACGCUUGUGCGAGAAUUAGCUCAUGACCUGAAAUUUGGAAUAACAGUCCCUUACAGUAAUUGGUUUUACAAAGGCCAGGUCGGCGGCUGGGUAACAGAAUACGGGAACCUAUUGACUUUUGCGACGGUAAGAGGUGCAUCUCACAUGGUUCCAUUUGCACAACCUGGGCGAGCUCUUCGCCUGUUCGCAUCAUUUGUUCAUGGCCAAAGGUUGCCAAACUCGACAUACCCUCCAAUCGAUUAAAUGACAAUAGAUGAAGGAAGCAGCAAACUGUUUCUGAUUUCCUUUUAACAGUUCAGCCAUUUGUUAUUCUGACAAUUGCCUCAUUGAAUAAAAGUUUCAAGUUCUUCAUUCCUU